GUUUGGACAGAAACUCACCCUGCUCAACACACAAGAACAUUAUCACAAGGACUAACUGCUCUGGCUUGUAGUUCUCUCCACGGAAGCACAUUGGAUUACAUCUUGCAAAGACUCUGGAACAGUCCGAUUUGGAAUUUACUUUUUUGGGGCGAUUCCUGUGGAUUAUACUAUUCAAACUCUCGAAGUCAAUAUGACACUGGAAGAAGUCGUUGGAUGCAACAUAACCGAUAAGAAAAUGGAGACCGUGAGUCAAGCGUUAGAAGAGCUGCUGGCCGCAGCCCAAAGGCAAGACUGCCUUACAGUAGGAGUCUACGAGUCGGCGAAACUAAUGAAUGUUGAUCCAGACAGCGUGGUGUUGUGCGUGCUGGCUACGGAUGAGGAGGACGAGGAUGAUAUCGCGCUGCAGAUCCACUUCACCCUCAUCCAGGCAUUCUGCUGCGACAACGACAUCAACAUCCUGCGUGUGUCCGGAAUCAGUCGCCUAGCUAAGGUUCUCUGCGAGCCCACCACCGCUGACAACAACGCCAACGAACCGAAAGACCUGCACUGCAUUCUUGUCACGAAUCCUCAGUGCCAGCCAUUGAAGUGCCAGGCUCUUCAGGAGGUGGGCAGUUACUGCAAGGAGAGUCGCUGCAAGAACCAAUGGGUGCCCUACCUUUCCCUGCAAGAACGUUGAACGCAUUUCGCCGCUAUUAUAUUAGUUGGUUAAGAUGGGAAAAAUGGAACAAGAACCGUCAUUCUUGAAGAAUGAGAAGGGUGCUCGCGGUGGGCUGUAAUGCCCGCUGUGGACGGGGCUGCUCUGACUGCUGCUUCGUCGCGCGAGGGUGCUGCGAAUGUGAGAGGAACGUUCCAGGGACUUACGCGCGUUGCGCAUUUGCCCCGUCUCUUCCUCCGCGAAAAGGAAAGUGGCUGCGUCGGAGAGGUGGAACGAGUCGUGACGAGAGUUUGUCGCUCGCUCACUUGCCCAAGCUGAGUCAAAGCACGGGAGUGAACGCAGCGGCGUGGGCGCGCGCCUUCGCUUUCCAGUGUGUGGCAGCAACUGUAUGCAAUGCAUCGGUGUUGAUUUUAGACCUCGUAACUGGUCGUGUGUAAACCUUCCGCCAUCAACUUGUGGACUGUAGUCUUUAGUGGAAUGCACCGUGAAUAUUGUACUUUUGGACUCCCAGUUUGAAAAGCUUUGUGACGAGGAUCGGCAGCACACGUGGAAUGCAACUGCUGAUGCAAGACUGAUAUGGAAACUAAAAACUGUAACAUGAACUCUGUUUGGUAUCGAUGAAGGGGAAACUGCACAUUAAAUGAAUUGUCUGUUAAUUUAUUGCUCAUAACUUAAGAGUAAUAUAUGUAUUUGGACCAGACGUUUUGCAAAUAAAUUAUUGAACGAAA